AGGCCUAUUCCUCCCAACAUCCAACUCUAUAGCAUCCGGCUGAAGCUAUUUAAAUCAUGAAAAAAAAAGACACCCUCUGGAAGACCAUGUAUCUGCUACUGGGAUUUGGCUUCAUCUGGUGUCUGAGUUUGCCAUAUUUCAUGCUGAGCAAUGCUGAUCAGGACAUGAUCAGAAUGGCCAAUACCAAUAGAUUUGUGUGGGAGGGCAAUGUGGGGGAGGAAACAGCCAGCCCUGAAGAAAAAAUGAAGAGAAUUAUCAAGAUCAUCAAUGACCUCCUGAACAUCGGAGAAUCCUCUGACAAUUUUCAUGGCCCACCUGCCUUGAAGGACUACAAAGAAGAAUUACAGUCAGUCCAGAUUCAAAUGAAGGCAGAAAAAGUGAAAGGACAACUGAAGGAUGAAAUGAUUAAGGAGAUGCAUUUGGAUAAAAUACAACUGCAGCAACAUGUGGAUCACAUGGAGGAACUCCUGAAGCUACAAUUGGAGAAGGAGGAGAAGAAAAUCCAACAGUUAAAAUCACUUCUUCCCCCACCUCCUGUAAAGGACUUCAAAGCAGAACUGCAGUUAUUACAAUUUCAAGUGGAGUCUGAAAAAGAGAAAGCAAAACUGAAGGAUGAGAUGAUUAAGGAUCUGCGUGAGGAUAAACUCACCCUGCAGCAACUGGCACACAGGAAGAUAACCGUGCCACUUUGGGAAAUGAAGGAGGAGGAAAAGAUGGUGUAUAAAGUUCAACCAUUAAAACCUGGUGAUGAAAUCAAAGAGGAUUCAAACUGCCCCCUACAACCUAUGAAUAAUCACCCAGAAUGUAUGGGGAAAUUGAAGUGGCUGAAUCAGAUGUGGAAGAGUCAUCCUUGCUACGCUUUUUACGGGGUCAACGGAUCUGUGUGCUCCUUCAUUAUCUACCUCAGUGAGGUAGAGAGCUGGUGUCCUGUACUUCCAGGCCGAGUACCUCCAAAUAAAAGCGCACAGAUGGGAUCUGCAGUGAUACGGAAGAACCUAAAAGAUCUGUAUCCAUCUCUGAAAAACAAACCGCAGUUUCGUUGGAUUGAGCAAAGAAUUCGCAGUAUGGAAAGGGUUUGGGUCGAGGCUGGGCACUCACUUUCUGCCAAAUAUAACCUGAAGGAGAGGAAAGCUAAACAGAUUCUGGUGCAUCCUGGACUGGUGACAGCUGAAUCUAAGGCUGGAAUAGCAGAUGAGGCCUUCCGGGGGGGCCCCCUUGGAGAAUUGGUCCAGUGGAGUGACCUCAUCUCCACAUUUCACAUCCUGGGUCACAAUGUUACCCUUACUGCCUCGAUACCCGACCUCAAGGAUUACUUUUGGAUUGAGAAAGGUGGCUGCCCAGCUUUUUAUUCGAAUCCAAAUCUGAUCUACACAGACAUUAUCGGCCUUAAGCAGAUCAAGAACAUACUAAAUGGAUCUUGGUUCAAAUACAGGUGUAUUAUACGGGUAUUGGACACGUUUGGCACUGAGCCAGACUUUAAUCACGUAGCUUGGGCAAGUAAGAAAGGGCUUGUAAGUCCAUUUGGCAGACUGAACAUGAUCCCAUCGCAGUUCUACACCAUGUUCCCUCAUACGCCGGACAACACAUUCCUAGGUUUUGUGGUGCAGAACCAGUUGGUGUCGGAACAAAGUCAGCAGUUGAAGUCUAAAAGACUAAACCAGGCACUUGUAUAUGGAAAGAGAUCCGAGUUUUGGAAGGGUAAAAUCGCGUAUCUGGAUGUCAUCCACAAGUACUUAGAGAUCCAUGGGACAGUUGACAACACAAAGGCUGUUCCAGAUUAUGUGAAAAACCAUGGCAUUGUGCAUGGCACUAAGGUUCAGGCCCUGUUGAGACAAAGCAAGGUUUUUGUUGGAUUGUCUUUCCCAUAUGAAGGCCCCGCCCCAUUGGAGGCGAUAGCCAAUGGCUGUGCUUUCCUGAACCCCAGGUUAAACCCUCCGCACAGUAGUCUGAACACAGAGUUCUUCAAGGGAAAGCCCAACGUCAGAGAGGUAACAUCCCAGCAUCCUUAUGCUGAGGCCAUAGGAGAGCCCUACGUAUGGAUGGUGGACAUGCACAACUCAACAGAUGUGGAAAGAGCUCUUAAUGCUAUUCUCAACCAGACAAUUGAGCCCUAUCUUCCCUAUGAGUUUUCCUGUGAAGGGAUGCUCCAGAGGGUGAAUGUCCUGAUUGAAAAACAGGAUUUGUGCACCAGUGCAGUGAGCUGGCCCCCACUGAGCGCACUCCAAGUUGUAAAGGCAAAGGCGCAGAUGUCCUGUAAAACUGCAUGCCAGAAGGCGGGGCUGAUCUGUGAACCGGCAUUUUUCCCACUUCUUAACAAUGCUAGAAAUCUUGCAAAGUACAGUGUAGAUUGUCAAACAUCGGAGCUCUCCAACAGAAACUUGGUGUUUCCUGCCUACAACAGCACUAAGCACUGUUGGUUCCAGUCCGACGCCCUCCUCUUCAGCUGUGUCAGAUCAGAUGAGUCUUUGAUACGCAUCUGCCCCUGUAGAGACUACAUUAAGGACCAGAUAGCUUUAUGCAAAGAAUGUAUUUAACUUAUGAUAGAAAACAAAACAUGACAAUUUGUACAUUAACGUCAUUAAAAAUAAUAAAUAUUGAUACCAACUCA